AUGGACAUAACGAUCGAGUUCCAGGGGCUCUCCGAGAAGCUCUCGCCAAGCUUGGCCAGCACUCUGACCGUGGGCAGCAGUACAGGCGUCGACAAGUCCACCUCGACCGAGUCGCUAGUGCUAGUAAAGCCAGUUCCGGACAAAGCGGGCAACCGCGUCUACCGAUAUCUUCGUUGGAACUUCUUCUCCGUAUACCGAAGACUCUUCUCGAUCGUCUUUCUUGGCAACCUCAUUCCGCUCAUUCUGAUUAUCCGCAAACUUGUUGUGGAUAGUCGAUAUGACGCUUACCACAGCAUUCCCACCAUUGCGGCAACGGCCACGAUGUCCAACGUCUUCACCUCUCUUAUCACACGGAAUGAACAUUUCGUCAACCUUCUCUUCCGCGUCGCCGUCAGCAUACCAACGCGCUCGCCGCUCUUCGCUCGCCGUCUAAUGGCCAAGAUGUACAGCUAUGGCGGAAUUCACAGCGGAUGCGGCGUAGCUGCCGUUGUCUGGCAUCUAGUGUAUCUGAUGGCUACUACCUUCUUGUUCGCACGCGGACGCCCUCUGGAAAUAGCCGUCGUUGUCAUCGGCUGGCUAGUCCUCUCGCUCUUUAUCGCAAUCCUGGUUUUUGCCCAUCCUCAUCUGCGCGCGACGCUGCACAACUACUUCGAGCUAGUGCAUCGCUGUGCGGGCUGGAGUAUCAUCGCUGCGGCGUGGGCACAAGUCAUGCUUCUAGCUGCCUUGACCGGGAAAGAGCAAGGGCAGACCCUCGGCCAGGUGCUGCUCGUUACACCAGGCUUCUGGCUCUUGCUUAGCUCCACGUGCCUGGUCAUCUAUCCUUGGACCCGACUCCGGCUCAAAGACGUGGAGGCGGAGCCUCUCUCGGACCAUGCUGUGCGCUUGCACUUCAAAGGUUCCAAUGCUGAAGCAUGCCAGACAGUUCGCUUGGCAGACAUUCCCCUCAAGGAGCUGCACUCGUUCGCGUGUAUUCCUGAGCCUAACGGGGGCAACGGCUACUCUGUCGUUAUCUCGGACGCCGGCGACUGGACCAAACGAAUUAUCCGCAAUCCGCCGCGCAAAAUCUGGGUGCGAGGUGUCCCGACCUUUGGCGUCCUGCGAGUGGCUACCUUGUUCAAGCCUGUCGUCAUCGUAGCCACAGGCUCAGGCAUCGGACCGUGUCUUGGCCUCUUCAACGGCUUUCCGUCUCUUCCCUGCCGUGUGCUCUGGUCUGCCCCAAGCCCGGAAACCACCUUCGGCAAAGACAUCAUCGACAUCGUUUACAGAGCUGAUCCCAACGCGGUCAUCAUCGAUACGCGAAAGUCUGGCCGCCAGGACAUGGUUCGUCUGACUUACGAGCUCUACAAGGAGGCUUCUGCUGAGGCUGUCCUAGUCAUUUCAAACCAGAAGCUCACGUGGAAGAUCGUCUACGGGAUGGAGACGCGCGGUGUGCCGGCAUAUGGGCCGAUUUGGGAUUCUUGA